GUUUACGUGAAGUAUGAGCCCGACUUCUUAAUAUUGUUGAUUUUUUUAUUUGUCCUCGCAUGAAAUGUGACUUACAAAAUCUGUUUAUUUUCACUCUAUACAGAUUUUCGGGAAGAUUUCUGACCAUGACUGGGAUAAGAUCAUUAAUCAUGCUCGUAAAUGCAAUCAAGUAGCACAAAUAUACUCUACUUCCAUUCAGGAGAAUAAUGUGCCUCAUGAGCAUGAGCCAUUUUCUAAAACCAAUGACAGUAGUUACCUCAAAGGACCAUGCUCAAUGCAACCAAGUCCCACACCACAAAUUUCUCAAAAUCUUGCAGAACAAAUUGAUGCCCAAGUCCAUCACCAGCAAAUUGCUUCAAGUUAUAAUGGACCAUCAUCCGGUACAUCAUCGGAAAAUGCACUGCAGGCCUCCUGCUUGGCAGCAGCACCAGGGCUCACAUUCAUGAGAUCAGACCAGCACGUGAUGCCAUAUGGAGAACUUGGGGGCAUUCAAGCUACAGGCCAGCAAGUUACAUGCAUAGGAAGUGAGAUUCUGUCAGCUAGCACCAUGAAUAACAAUAUCUUAGAUGGAUCUAACUCAGAGCAAGUAGGGCCUCUGGAUGGCAACAUAAUUCCUAAUGGGAACAGACUACCCACUGGCAUUGAUCUUUCACAGUGGCUGGAUAUCCUGCAGAACCAGACAUUUGAUGACUCUGUAGUCACAGAAACUCCUCCUUGGGGAGUUUCCAACAAUGCACUUGAUUCGACUGUCUGCGAAGCUGGAAAUAUGCUUGAUUCGCCUUUCAGUGAUGCUAGUAUAAGCUAUGUGGGACAUUCACCUGUCAGUGAAACAGGCAGGGGACGUUCAUCUUUACCUUUCAGGGGAGCAAGCAGUAGAAGCUACAGGGGACAUUCUGCUUCGCCACUCAGGGGAGCAGGCACUAAAAGCUACCGGCGACAUUCUGCUUCACCACUCAGGGUAGAAGGCCCUAGAAGCUACGAGGGACAUAAUCCUUCACCUGUGUCGGGAGCAGGCAGUACAAGUUAUGCAAGUGCAGAUUUCACAGGCGGAGACAUCUUAUGGUAGUUCAGUAGGAGUAUGUUUGUGUGCAUCUACCGAUGCACAGGCCGGGGUACCUUCUCUAAAAAUAAAAAACGAUAAUGCAGGCUAGACUGGAGGACAACACGAUUGCCCUCCUGCCAGUACUUGUUGUUAAACAUCCUGUACGUGGUCCUUAGAGUGACAGCCUAGAGAAGAUUACUUGUGCGCAUUGUAAUAGGUAGGUAGAGGGAUAUUUCAUCUUGUAAUCAUAACCCUUAUCUCUACCUUUCUUUCU